AUGGAAGAACCAAUAAAACCUGAGAAACAUCAAUUCAAGAAUUUCCUAAAUAAAUUGACGGGACAACCUCAAUCUUAUUCAAGGAAGGAGCAUUAUACCUUUGGUAAAACUUUGGGUGCGGGAUCAUUUGGAAUUGUAAGGUAUGCUAGAGAUAAUCAAACAGGUGAAGAAGUUGCUGUUAAAAUCAUUUUGAAAAAAGCUUUGAAAGGCAAUGAAGAUUUAGUAAUUGAUGAAUUAGAAUUAUUAUCUGAAUUAAAUCAUCCUCAUAUUGUAGGAUUUAGAGAUUGGUUUGAAUCUAAAGAUAAAUUUUAUAUUGUUACUCAAUUAGCAACCGGGGGUGAACUAUUUGAUAGGAUUGUUCAACGAGGCAAAUUUACUGAAAAUGAUGCUUCAUUGGUCAUUGUUGAAGUCUUAGAAGCCAUUGACUAUUUACACAAGAAGAACAUCGUUCAUAGAGAUUUAAAACCAGAAAAUAUUCUAUAUUUAGAUAAUACGGAAAAUUCAAAUGUAGUAUUAGCAGAUUUUGGUAUUGCUAAAAAAUUAGAAAGUCCCGAUGAAAAAUUGCAUUCUUCUGCUGGUUCUUUUGGUUAUGCUGCACCAGAAGUCAUAAUUGGUAAUGGACAUGGAACAAAAUGUGAUAUCUGGUCAUUAGGUGUGAUAACUUAUACUAUAUUAUGUGGUUAUUCACCGUUUAGGUCGGAAAAUGUUCAUGAUUUUAUUAAUGAAGUUAAGAAUAAUAAUGCUGUUAUUUUUCAUGCCGAUUAUUGGAGAAAUGUUUCUAAAGAUGCUAGAAGAUUCAUUAUAAAAGCUUUACAAUUUAAUCCUGAUAAUAGACCAACUGCUGAAGAACUAUUAAAUGAUGUUUGGUUAGUUGAUAUAGCCAAGAAACAUAAAGAAGAAGAUUUAUUACCAAACUUAAAACAAAAAUUCGAUGCAAAAUCUAAAUUUAAACAAGCUAUUGAACUUGUAAGAUUGAAUAACAGAAUUGCCAAAUUGAAAGAAAUUCAAACUGACGAUGAUGAUGACCCAUCAGAAAUCAAUUUCUUUGGUGAUCAAGGUUCGAUAAUAACCACAUCGGAUGUUGAUAAUGAUAAUGAAGAUAAUGAUAAAGUAGCUCCUUUAUCUUCAUGGUCGAAAUUGGUAAAUUCUUUACCCCAUAAUGAUAAUGAUAUCUCCAAAUCUUCUUUAACCCCAGAAGCUGAAAACAAGGAUAAGAAGAAAAGCUUAGCAUCAAACGCUUUCAUUCAAUUAGUUCAUACUGCUGCUGAGAAUAAGGACAGAGUGAGCAGUUUUAAAGAGGAUAAAUAA